AUGGAUCCCACCACCGAGUUUGAGAUCGAUACCAUGAUCCUAGACUACAUUUGCAGCAAAGCGAUACUCGAAACAAUCACAAAACGAGCAGAAGAACUAGCGGGGCGACCGCCGAUUGAGGAGACGAAUAUCCUGACUCUAUUUGACACAUGGAAAACACUCUCAUCAACAAAACAUGCAGAGAGGCAGAUAUCGCGCGACUUGCAGGCCAAACUACAGUUGAUCACCGUCGCAGUGCUAUUUGUUUACCGUUUUCGCAAGUCGAAAUGGAGCGCUCCGCGACCACAGCGCGACGAGCAGCACGGCGACACAGCAUCAGUAGAAGUAGAGGACACGGAUUUCCAAGUCUUGCUAAACAACGUCGAAAUACCACUGCAAGAACGUGCCGCAGACAGAUAUCAAAUGACAUCAUUAUUAGACAUACUACCAGACUUCAAAAAACUUUGCGCGAUGCUAUCAAACAUUCUGUCACCAGAGACUUGCAUGCACCUCGCUGCGAGAUUCAUGCUCCAAUCCGUCCUCGAACAGCAUGUUGUUUUCGGAAAAGUCUCGACCGAUCUUAUUGAAGACUCAUUUUCAUGGCAAUCUGCCGACCACCCGUGGUCAAAUGUGAGAUCAUCCUAUCUUGCGAUACUGCAACCGCCCGCCGAAGAAGAGUCGCGUCUAGAAGCGCAUAUUGCGCGCGUUGCGCAGCAGUUUCCGGCCUUCGAGUUUGAAGCCAUGAUCAUAGCCCGUCUCCGUGAGAUCCUUGAUGAGCUGGAAACGCCGAUGCUUGUGAAACUGGAGACGGGGCAGUUGGGGGAUUGGGAUCCUUCUUCUUUCAGGUUGAGUAAUAUUGGGCCGUUAACGCAGCUGCAGCGAGAGUCGUCGACGAGUAGACAGGAUAGUUGUUAA